AUGAUGGUGAUAAGGCCAUGUGUCAUCACCAAAAGGAGGGUUGCUCCUGAAGUUUUCGCCGGAGCGGCCAGGAAGUCGAUCGAGGUAUGCUCACCUUCUGGGUUUGAUUCCAAUUUUUUCUUUGAAUUGCAUUCGCUUGACACGCUCUUUGUCCAGGCGAUCGCCGAAUGGGAUCGUUUGACUUAUUUGUACGAGCGUUGUGUUCGGAGCCUUUCCGUAGAGGCUACUAACGCGAAAGAUGCCCAUGAGGCUUUGGCCGUUGAAAAGGAAAAAGUAGCUCAGGCGCUGGCCGACCUGGCAAGGUCUCAAGACGACGCCAAGGAGAUGAAGAGGAAAUAUGACGAAUUAGCUGAUGGCGAGCUCGUUCAGAAGCGAUUGGAUCGUAUUAAAGCUCAUAUUGACGAUACGAAGGCGGCAGAACCAAAGUUUUUUGAAUUCAACCAAGUAUCUGGGAAUAUCAAGACUCUCGAGGCGUUGGUCGAAGGUGGCGAAGUGGAGAUGAAGUCGGAUGACACGAUGUUAAGAUUGGUAGCGGAUGCAGAGGAAUUGGAGGCCGAGGUGAAAGCUUUUGGUAUCACCGAUCUUAUGGACGGCGACUUCGAUGUUCGUACUUUAUUUGCCGAGCUGAGUCCUGAUAAUCGUAAUUCCGUUCCACCGCCGACUGAAGGGGAAGAUCUCGCGGAUGGACGAGGUGAGUGCGAAGGCCAAGCUGGUGAAAGAAUCGUUGGUCAAACUGAAGUUCGAGACGAGAUCGCGGAUGCUAGAGACUGAUAUUCCAGGAGGCUAACUAGGAGAGAAAGGAAGAGCUGAUCGCCU